GUUGAUUGCUGCAAUGCAAUCCACUGUCCAGGCUACAAUGGCUGCUGUCAGUGCAGCACCACCACACUUAUCGCUUGCCCAUGGAGCACUGCUCGUUUCCGGAAAUUGCAUUCUCUCCGAUGUCAGCGAGCGCGUCUUCCUCACUCCGGCGGAGCACGGCAACCAGGGAUCUUUCAUCGGCUUCCAUUCCGAUCGAGGGGGCAGCCGCGUGGUGUUCCCGAUCGGAAAACUCAAGGGGCUGAGGAUUCUCUGUCUCUACCGAUUCAAGCUAUGGUGGAUGACUCAAUGGAUGGGGAACUCCGCGCAGGACAUUCCCUACGAGACGCAGUUUUUAAUGGCGGAGGUCCCUUGCAGUCGCAGACACCAUCCAAACAGUACUGUAUAUUACACAGUUUUCCUUCCCCUUUUGGAAGGGGAUUUUAGGGCUGUUCUUCAGGGAAAUGCGAACGAUGAACUCGAGAUCUGCUUGGAAAGUGGCGAUCCAUCUGUGGAAGAAUUCGAAGGGAGACAUCUGGUUUAUGUGGCAGUAGGGUUGGAUCCAUUCAAUCUGAUUGGGGAUUCAAUCAAAUACCUUGAAGAUCAUCUACAGACCUUCAAACACCGUGAUCACAAACAGAUGCCUGAUAUGUUGAACUGGUUUGGAUGGUGCACUUGGGAUGCUUUUUAUUCGGACGUUUCGGCCGAGGGAGUCGAGGAAGGAGUGAAAUGUUUGGUUGAAGGUGGAGCUCCGCCGAAGUUUCUCAUCAUCGACGAUGGAUGGCAGUCAGUUUCCAUGGAUGUUACCGGAAACGAAGCCAGAAUAGGCGACAGCGCGAACUUUGCGAAUCGAUUAACUGAUAUCAGAGAGAAUAAAAAGUUUCGGAAGUAUGGUAGGGAAUUCGAUUGCGAUGCAGGAGCUGGAUUUCGACAGAUUGUAUCCGGGAUCAAAGAAAAAUUCUGUCUCAAGUAUAUUUACAUUUGGCACGCAAUUGGAGGAUACUGGGGCGGCGUCCAUCCCGGCAUCGAUGAAAUGGCCAGAUACGAAUCGAAGAUAGUGUCUGUGGUUCCAUCUCCCGGCAUUGAGUCCAACGGCGUUUGUUUUGUUUUGAAGAGCAUAAUCGACAACAAGGUUGGCCUUGUGAAUCCCAACAGAAUCGACGACUUUUACCACGAUCUGCACUUGUACUUAGCUUCAUCCGGCAUUGAUGGAGUUAAAGUCGACAAUCAAAGCAUACUCGAAACUUUAGGGGCUGGAUUCGGAGGAAGAGUGAAGUUAGCCAAAAAGUAUCACGAAGCGCUUGAGAAAUCCGUGUCCGAAAACUUCAAGAACAAUGCGAUGAUUUCGUGCAUGAGUCACAGCACAGAUGCAUUGUAUAGGGGAAAGAAAGCUUGUGUGGUAAGAGCAUCCGAUGACUUCUUUCCGAGGGAUCCAGCGUCGCACACGAUCCAUGUAGCUUCAGUCGCGUACAAUAGUAUUUUUCUCGGAGAAUUUAUGCAGCCCGAUUGGGAUAUGUUUCAUAGCUUGCAUCCUAUGGCUGAAUAUCACGCGGCUGCUCGCGCUGUUGGAGGCUGUCCGAUCUACGUCAGCGAUAAGCCCGGGAACCAUGAUUUCGAUGUUUUGAAGAAGCUUGUGCUUCCGGAUGGUUCCACGCUGAGGGCUAAACUCCCGGGGAGACCUACGAUCGAUUGCUUGUUCUCUGAUCCUACGAGCGAUGGGAAAAGCCUUCUUAAAAUUUGGAACAUGAAUGACUACACCGGAGUCGUCGGGGUAUUCAACUGUCAAGGCGCUUCGUGGUGUCGAACGGCUGUAAGGAAUAUGAUCCACGACGAACAACCGGAGACAAUCUCCGGCACUGUCGAGGCAACCGAUGUUCAUUACCUCAGCAGUGUCGCGGAUGACGACGGGUGGCGUGGCGAUUGCAUUGUGUAUUCUUAUAGAGGCGGUAACGAUUGUAAAGUCGAGUACCUCCCUGCGAAGACAUCGGUUAUGGUUCAACUUAAAGCUCGGGAAUUCGAAGUUUUUACGGUGGUUCCUGUCAAGCAACUGUCAAACGGUGCUGCAUUUGCGCCGAUAGGUCUUGUGAAGAUGUUCAAUCCCGGGGGUGCGAUAAAACAGUUAAAAUAUGAGUCGGAGGCCGAGGGAAUAGUCGGGAUGAGAGUUCGCGGCUGCGGCGAGUUCGCGGCGUAUUCGACGGCGAGGCCUAAAAGAAUAGGAAGUGAUGGUGAAAUGAAGGAAAUUGAAUUCGAUUAUGAAGCAAAAUCUGGACUGAUCACGGCCAAUUUAGCAGUUCAUGAAGAAGUGUUGGAAUGGGAUCUUACAAUUGAGUUUUGAUUCGAAGACAAUGGUUUGAAUUAAAUUAAGAUUGGAUUUGUGGAUUAGAUCCAGACAGAGACAGAGAUGUAUGAUUGACGAAUUAAUUGAUGAGUGAAAGUACGUCGUACAGCUACAAAGAUCAGAGGUUAGCUGUUGGUACGGCUGUUUUCUGUGUCUGUAUCUGUAUCUGUAUCUGUCGUGUUGAGCCGUGUCGCUUUCCAUUGCUGACAGAGACAGAGAUUCCUGUUCCUGUCUGUUUGAUUUUUAAACUGUUCUGAUUCCUGACGUCGUGAGAUAUUUGUGUAAAAGAAAAUCACUAAUAAUUAUAUUAAGAUCUUGGAUUUAAUAAGGGCACCGGCUCUCCAUCCA